UCAGAGGGAACUGCUGGAGUUCCUUGGUUUGUGUGUGAGGCCGAGUCCCGUUACGGCUUUACACUGCGUGUGUCUUAUAUUACAGCAAUGCUGCCUGCACAUAAGUGGCCAGAGAGGGGAGAAGGGAGGAAAAGCCUGUUUACACAGACUGCAAACCGCCUGGGGAAUAAUGCAGGAAAGGAAGUGAGCCGGCUCUCUGUCUGACUGCUCUAACUUCCUGCUCUCUCUCUCUCACUCACACACACACAUUCGCACACACACUAGCAAAGGGGGGGGGCGUGCGUGGAAGGGAGAAAGAAACAAGGGGGGAAAAAUCAGGAUCUCAUUACAAGAGCAACAAAGCGUUUUAGAGGACUGUCAGCAUGGAAAACCGGGGGACUCUACGCAGCUCUCUUUAAAACGGCCAGAAGAGACCGGAGAGAAGCCCACCAGACCAGGCGCUGGGGCACUGCUGUAUCCUGUUUGUUCUUCAGGGAUCUAAUGUCCUGUCUCCUGUUCCACAGUGUUGAGUUUUCUUCUUCUGAAGAAUCAGAGGUUAUUUAUUCUGUGAGGGCCUCAAAGCUAUGCAGCAUAUCUUCUAUGACACUUGUUUUUGGUAGUGAUUCUCAUCCACUGGGUUUGUUCCUUUGUUUAUCUUCUUUAUGGAAAAUUGUUUCUGUUGAAGCAUCUUCUUUAUUUCAUCUGGAAGACAGUAAGAGAUACGACAGUGGCAUACUCUGAAACAACAUGGUAUUGUUAUCUGUUUGAAGGCGCCUUGAUCUAUGGUGAUUGCCAAGAAUAACAGAGUCCUCUGUAACACUUUAAUUUAUAAAUUAAAGCUUAGAACAACGGCUCUAGUUCAUAUGUGGCAUGGAGAGUGCAAUCACACUGUGGCAAUUCCUGUUGCAGUUGCUUCUUGAUCAGAAACAUGAACACCUGAUUUGUUGGACAUCCAAUGAUGGUGAAUUUAAGUUACUUAAGGCAGAAGAGGUGGCUAAGCUGUGGGGACUCAGAAAAAACAAAACUAACAUGAAUUAUGAUAAACUGAGCAGAGCUCUGAGAUACUAUUAUGACAAGAACAUUAUCAAGAAGGUGAUUGGUCAGAAGUUUGUGUACAAGUUUGUUUCUUUCCCGGAAAUCUUAAAGAUGGAUCCUCAUGCUGUAGAAAUCAGCAGAGAAAGCCUUUUGCUGCAGGACAGCGACUGCAAGAUCCCUCUGGAGAGCAGGGAACAACAUAAGCAUGGUCUCCCAGUCUUGAAAGGCACAAGCCGCAACGAAUACAUUCAUUCGGGGCUGUACUCAUCUUUCACCAUCAAUUCCUUACAAAAUCAGCCAGAAACUCUCAAGCAAAUUAAAACAGAAAAGCUGGAAGAAAAAUUGGAAGAAACCACACCUCUGGAAGAAGUCCGGACUGUUAUUAGAUUUGUGACAAACAAAACAGACAAACAAGUCAUGAGGCCUGUUGUGUCAUUGCCAUCCACAUCUGAAGCCGCAAAUGCUUCUACAUUUUUAGCAUCCUCUGUCUCUGCAAAAAUAUCAUCCUUAAUGUUGCCCAACACAACGAGCAUAUCGUCAGCUUCAUCAACUUCCUCGCGAUCACCAUCUCUGUCACCUAACUCACCCCUUCCUUCAGAACACAGAAACAUCUAUCUGGAGUCUACUUGCCAGGAUUCAGAUUCUCUUGAGCCAUUGAAUCUUUCUUCAGGAUCCAAAGUAAAAUCUCCUUCUCUUCUUCCAAAGGCUAAAAAACCCAAAGGCUUAGAGAUCUCUGCACCUCCAAUGGUUCUUUCAAGUACUGACCUCGGCUCUAUUGCCCUCAAUAGCCCUGCACUUCCCUCAGGAUCCUUGACCCCUGCUUUCUUCACCGCACAGACUCCAAAUGGGUUACUGUUGACCCCAAGUCCACUGCUUUCUAGCAUUCACUUUUGGAGCAGCCUCAGUCCUAUUGCUCCCUUGAGUCCUGCCAGACUGCAAGGACCAAAUACCUUGUUCCAGUUUCCAACUCUGCUAAAUGGUCACAUCCCAAUGCAAAUCCCCAGCUUGGAUGGGGCCUCUUCUCCAGUUCUCCUUUCUCCAAAUGCUCAUAAAUCCUGAUGUCUCAGCAAACUGAGGACUCACUAAUAAACUGGAUUUGACACAGCCAUUCUGAUGGGUUUCAUUUUUCUGGUAAAGCUAGGAGGACAUGAUGAAACUCUUUUACUAUGGUUUGCACUUUCCAUUACACAGAUGACCUACUUGUAUGGUGUUUAUUUAGCAUUUUUAUACAGUGAGGGGGUUUUUUGUAUAAGAAAUCUUUUGUGCAUUAAAACAACUUAUAAUUUUUAUAUCCUGCUCUCCAAGUGUUGAACACUGUUAAUGAAGUUAUCUUUCUUAAUACAUUUCUAAACAACAUGUAAAGGAUGUGAAAUGUUUUACUUCUGUACUUCUGCGUAUAAUGCAUCCAGCUUGUAUAAACUAUAACCGGCUGUGCCUUCUUUUGCAUAAUGUUAUAUAAAUGAUUUAUAUAUUUUCCAGUAUUAAGAUUAAGGUUGGAAAGAACCAAGUAUUGAACACUUUUCUCCCCAUCCUAGUAUUUCAGUAUUCCUUUUAUGGUCAGCCAUGUGGUGCAGUAUAUUCAUGUAAUUUUGAAUUAAGCGCUUUCCAAAUAUAUAAAGAAUGUUUUUGUUUACUUCCUGAACCGACAGGCCAUAAUAUUUUGGCCUGUGGGUUAAGAAUAGAACACUAUUUAGACAUUAGUGCUUGAAUUCUUCUGAAAUAGUAAUAUGGUCUUAAAAUACUUGCAACAUAUAUUAGGGGCAUUUUUUAAAUUGGAGGGAAUAGCCUUAUUCAGUGCCACUAUCUUUGUGUAUAGAGCUGAUUGUUAAAAGAGAUGUCAAUCUAAAAUUUAUUUUUGUGAACAAGUAAAAUUCUCACAUGCUUCUUAUCAGGGAUGGAGAAAAAGUGUCUCCAGUGGUGCAUGGACCAAGGCUUUAAGACUUCAACAUUUUUGAUUUUUCAAAAAAUAUUUUAGUAAUGCUUACAAAAAUGAAAGUCUAAAAAGAUGACAGGUGCUUCUCUGUAAUUGGGAAAUAAAUACCAUAAUACCCAGAAUAAGUUUUCAGUGAUUUUUCUCUCCUCCCCUGCAACCCCCUUUGUACUAACCUUAUACUGAAUAUUGUGAUUAAAAAUUAUCCAGAUUCUUGUUCUCUUCAGCAAGCUAGAAUUCUGAAAGCAGAAAAGAAUUUGCCACUUCCUAGAGCUGUAAUUGGAAAGAUAUCUUAUACAUGCAUAUUUUAUAAAGACAUUAACAAUAUUCAAACAAAACACAUUCAGAUUAAAGAAGUCAGAUUUAUGUCAUAUUUUCAAAAUCAAUGUGAAAAUAUUCUCCCUCUCUGCUCCAGCUUUGGCAAAAACGACAAAUCCUAGUGUACAUUUUGAAGUUAAAAAUAUGAAGCAAAAAUUAAUACAACUGAUUUUCAUUUCAAUUCUGUUUCCCAAGAUUUACUUUCCUUCUUUGAGAGAACAAGUUUCUGCUAUUUGAAGAACCCACUGAUUUCCCAGACUUUUUACUUGAUUAGUAUUCUGUCACAUUUUCUAUCAUAUGCUCCCUAUCUCCUUCUUGGCAAGGAAGCAUUGCAAAGUGUCAAUUUACCACACACUAUAGAUGGAAAACAUUUUCAUUGCCAAAAAUAUUGUCUCAUGCACAGAAUCCUGUUAGAUUUUUCAAGGAAUAUUUGGACCCCAGUUCUUGUAUGUAUAUUGAUCCAAAAUACUCAUCAAAGAGUAUCCUACAUUGCUUACAUCCUUUCUUAAACUUCUGAAAUUUAUAGUCUGCAUUCACUUCAAACACACUGUUACGCUGCAUAAUAUAGGGUACGGGUAUUCUCAACUUACAACCAUUCAUUUAGUGACUGUUCAAAAUUACAAUGGCACUGAAACAAAUGACUUAUGACUCUUUUUCACACUUAUGACCAUUGGGGCCUCCCCAUGGUCAUAUGAUCAAAAUUUGGGCACUUGGCAACUGGCAUAUAUUUAUGACAAUUGCUGUCCUGUGGUCAUAUGAUCAUUUGUAACCUUUAAAGCCGGCUUCUGAUAAUCAAAAUAAUAUGCAGAAGCCAGAUUUGCUUAAUGACAGCAUAAUUCACUUAACAGCUGCAGUGAUUUGCUUUUAACAACUGUGGCACAGAAGUUGUAAAAUAAGGUGCAACUCACUUAACAACUGCCACUUAGCAAUAGAAAUUGUAGUCAUAAGUUGAGGACUACCUGUACAUAGCUAUUAUAACUUGGAAACAAAUGUAACAAUCUUACAUUUUAAAAUUUAAGCUUAAUAAAAUAACUUCAAAAAAUUGAAGAGUUGAAAAACAGCAUAUACACACCUUUUCUGAUUAUGCAACAAAAGCUGAUCUUAAAACUCAUUUAUUUUGGCAGGAAAAAAAUAGUAAAAAUAGAUUGGCAUGCUAGAAGCAUUUGGAAUCACUCAAUUUUCAUGCUAAAAAGAUGGAAAAGCAUAACAAUAUUAUUUUGUGUCAUUUUAAAUGAAUUAUCAAAAGUUAUUGAUUUAUGCACAUUAAAAUCAUGAAAGAAAACUGUUCUAAACUUUGCCUAAAACAGGGGUUAAGCAUCUUUAGAAUGGUUUUGGGGAGAUAAAUAAUGUAACAUUAACAGUGCAGUACUGUAUCCUUUGAUUUAUGGGGUUUUUACAUUAAAAGUAGGUUUGUGUUCUUCCCAUUUGAAGAACAUGCAGAACCCUAUGCAGAAGUGAGAUGAAAUUUAAGCUGAAGAACAGUUUAUAUCAGAAGCAGCUUUCAGGUGGUGUAAUAAUGGGGACCCUGAGAUUUUCUGCCAAUCAUCAGGAAGCUAUGAGGUUAUCAGUAACUUACUGUAACCUUUAUAUUGUAAAAGCAGAAAAUGUACAUCCAUAAUAAACCACAUAUUCAGAGUCAUAUUUUUUUAAGUCAUUUCCUUAAAUACAAAUUAAAGGAUAGUAAGUAGCUAAUAGAUGCUUGAUGUCUAAGUGCCCCUAAAUGCUGUAUCUAACCCUUUCUUCUCUGUUUCAAUCUCAUGUGCCUUAAUUAGUCCAUAGUGAACUGGAUGGAAUUUUACUACAAAAUAAAAUUUUAGUAAGCCAGUACCCAGAUUAGUCAGACCAUUGCUUCUAUAAUUCUUGGCUAGCAUACUACAUUUAGGCAAUGUAAGGCCCCAGAUUGAGAAAUAUUGGUUUAAUUGUUGUUGAAUAUUUAGCAAGCCAAUUAAGAGCAAUGCUCUCUCUUUAUGUUUUUGCAUACUUAUAAUGUGAGAUGCUGAAGAUACUACAAUAGAAAAAUAAACAUCAUGGCUGCAAAUACACUUCUGCAUUUUCAUAGAUAGCUUCUGUGGCAAACACAUACAAUGUGAAUUACCUGUUGACUCUUUAAAGUUACAAAUGUUUUUUAUGUGUUUGCUGUGUAAAAAAUAAAGUAUACCAAGCAAUCAA